GCACAAGACGUCCGAAGAGGAGACGCGAGUUGCUCUUGGCAAAGUGCUGAAGUCGGCAGGUAUAAAUGAGUGGCCUUUGACACGAAAUCCAGAGUAUGAAUAUACCAAAGUGUUGGAGAGGACAGGCCUGAGACCUGUGGCCACAAUAUCAGCUGUCCCUGAUCGGCAGCACCCGCGAUACAUAUUAGCAGUGAAUGCACCUCUCCCAAGGUUUGCAGCGUAUCCGGAAGCAAUGGCAAAAAUUAAAAGCCAGCGGUCAAAGCUCGCAGCGUACAAGGCGCUUAUUCGUUCAGUCCUAAAGUUGUAUUGUGAAAUUCGAAACGACGAAGUGAAUGAAAGAGACGAAUUUACUGACGAUAGGUAUGAAUAUCAAAGCAGUGACGCAGGACAGAGUAGCGAAGUGGAAGAAUCACCAAGUGCUGUUGAGAAAGACGAAAUGCUUGAAGGAGUCAUAUCCGAUAUUAUUGAAGUGGAAGUAAAAAUUGCUGAGAUGAUUGUGAUGGGACGCGUACUCGAUUAUUAUCAAACAGACACUGUGCAAAAAUGGGAUCAAAGAUUGGGAAGAAAGUUUCCUUUCAUGGAAGGCUUGCGCACGGACGUCACAAGAGCCAAGAGAACACUGCUGAAUAAUUACGAAGUUGGCGUGCACCUUCUCAACUAUUUCAAGAAGUUGAUUGAAUAUCUGGACACCCUGGAAGUGAAGAAGUUCGUCAACUACGUUGGCUGGUAUUUUGUUCGAGAGGUUGCGGACGUAAUGACUACAGACAUCCGGGAUAAGCUUAACAAAUUUCUCUUAACACUACCGAAGCCUAGAAUCCAAGUAGACCUAAACGCCCAUCAUUGCAUCGAAAAGCUGAUCGGAUAUCACGGCGUUAUGGAAGACGGCGUCGCACAUUUGUACCUAGCACGCUACUUUAAUCAAAAAGCCGUGGAAAAAGUAAGAAGGCAGAUAUAUAAAUGCUUCAGAGAUGUCAAAGUGUACUCUCAUAAAAAGCUAUAAGUUACAUUACUACUUCCUUUUCUAAAAUUUUCUUAAAUGUUAUUAAAUUGCAUUAUAAAUUA